AUGGCGGUCCUCUCAUUGAUAACCUCGGCCGAGCUGGAUACGUCCCUUGACGUGCCCGCCCUCAAUCCGCCGAAUAAUAUCACAUCAAACUUUGACGAUCCGCCAAAUAAGAACUACAUUGCCCAAGCCGUAAUACCAACAUGCUUGGCUCUCACAACUAUAGCCGUCCUUCUCCGGAUAUGUCAUAGGCUGUUCUAUGUCAAGAAAAUUGGGUUUCCUGAUGUAUUAAUGUUAAUAUCUCUUGGCUGCUAUAUCGUAGGCGCAUACCUAAAUUACCAGCUAGUAGAGAACCCUGGCGCCUUCGUUCAUCAAUGGGAUGUCCUACUAAAGGACAUGUCGGAUAUCCUCUUUCCCCUCUUCCUCAGUGGUAGUUUCUACAUCGGAGCUGUCCUAACAAUAAAAGCGGCGAUACUUCUGGAUUGGAUCCGUAUACUCAUUCCGUACGGCGUGCGGAAUAACUUCUUCUGGCUCUGUUAUGGCGUGCUGGGCGCGAAUGUCAUAUUCUACAUCGUAACUCUCUUCCUCAUGAACUUCGCCUGCGUUCCCAUUGAGAAAAAUUGGAACCCCCUAUUCGUCGGUGGCUCCUGUCCGGUCAACAGGAAGGCCCUCAACAUCACAUCAGCUGUGCUGAAUCUUUGCUCGGAUAUUUCAAUUCUGCUUCUGCCGCAGCACGUCAUCUGGCGCCUAGACAUGUCAACAAAAAGAAGAGUCGGCGUCUCUGUUAUCUUUGCUAUAGGUGUUUUCUGCUGUGCUUCAGCAGGGUUACGCCUUCGUGUGAUACUCAACUAUUCUAGGUCAGAUGAUAUAAUUUACCACACGGCGCCUGUCAUGCUCUGGGCUCUGGCCGAGAUGACUUGCAUGUUCCUUAUUUUUGGUACUCCAAGUGCGGCCAAGAUCCUGUCGGAGAUUCAUUUUCUUGACCGGUUUACUUCAUCACCACGAUCGCUUGGAGAUCGACUGACUCGACGCUCGGGCUCCAGAGCCGGUAUACCGUCAUGGCCUGGCUCAGAUAUGACAAAUAACCCACAAGCGAAUUCAUCACACGCAUACUAUCGCAGGAUAAACAAUUUUAGCCGCGGCGUAGUUCUAACGACGAUAGGCUCUCAGGGCAAUAUGCGUUCCGAUUCUAUAGAACACCUCAAGGACCAUGUAGUAAUACAACCCCCUGAGCGCGGAAAGAUAAUACGGACUACACAUUUCGAGACGCACGAGGAAUAUGGCGAUUUUGAGCGCGACCUAGCUCUAUGCGAUGGAUAUGAUCGCCAACAUCCCUGGGCAAGGGACCGUAUCUAG